UAUGUUCUUGAAUUUAAUUUUGUGUUUAACUGAAGAGUUUGUCACCAAAAUUAUGAACUAAUUGAGAGUUUAUUUACAAAAUCAUCCAAAUACGAUCCAUGCCUAGACGAGAGAAGGGUGAAGGCUAAAUUAGAAAUACAAAGAGACAAAACGACACGUCGUUACACUGCAGGAUGCCGACGGUGGAGUUUCGGUAGUACUGAAAAAGUUGAAGAAGAAAGUAGCAUCGGGACGGAGUAAAGUUGAAGCAAGCAAUGAGAAGGGAGCUUGUUUGAUUGGGAUAGCUUGGUGGUUUUGAAUUCGAGGAGAUUCUGGUUGGUUGAGACUAGUCAGAUCUACUCUAAGGCUUUUAGCCAUGUCGUUUAUUGGCACCCAACAGAAAUGCAAAGCUUGUGAGAAGACGGUGUACCCUGUAGAUCAGUUAUCUGCUGAUGGGGUUGCUUUCCACAAGUCAUGUUUCAAAUGUAGCCACUGCAGUGGAACACUUAAGCUGAGUAAUUAUUCUUCAAUGGAAGGUGUUCUGUACUGUAAGCCUCAUUUUGAGCAGCUCUUCAAGGAAGCUGGGAACUUCAGCAAGAACUUUCUAUCUACUGCAAAGUCCUCCGAGAAGCCAACUCCAGAGCUGACUAGGUCACCAAGCAAAGCGGCCAGCAUGUUUUCUGGGACACAAGAAAAGUGUGCUACAUGUGGAAAAACUGCAUAUCCACUGGAGAAGGUGACAGUUGAGAGUCAAGCCUAUCAUAAGUCGUGUUUUAAAUGCUCACACGGUGGCUGUUCUUUAUCUCCAUCAAACUAUGCUGCACUUGAUGGAAUUUUGUACUGCAAACACCACUUUUCACAGCUUUUCAAGGAAAAGGGAAGCUAUAACCAUCUGAUCAAAUCUGCAUUGAUGAAGCGGCAAGUAGCAACCUCUGAUCCAGACACUUCAAAGGUCGAGUUGUAAACUUCCAAUUUGUGGUUUUGUUGAGUCCAUUUUCCCUCUGCUUUCCCCCUUCCCCAGUGUGUUCUACUUUGUUCCUCACGGUUUCGUGAUGGGAAACAAAAGAGAAACUUGCAUGAGUCUCCAGCUCGUCAUGCUGAGCCAAAUUGUUUAUUUGCUUCAUUCAUGAACUUCGCAUUUGAAAGUGGUAAUGAUUUGCCUAAACUUUAUGAAAGCAUUUUGCAACUGUUAGUUUUGGGUUA